GCCAACGGUAUCGCUCUAUCCCGAUGAAGAUGAAAUUGACGGAAUGAAACGAUUAUUGGUUCAGGUUAUGGGACUUACAGAGGAAAGCGCAGAAGCAAUUUGCAAAGUACGGCAUGUUGUUGCAAAGUGGUGGCGUCCCAACUUUGAAAAAGAAAUUUAUCCUUAUAUUCCUUCACAUAUCACGAAACCAAAAGAGAUGAUAAAACUGAUCGCCGUUAAUCUUCCUAAGAGUGCAGUAUUUACAAUUCCGAAGAAUAGUUUAUUGAUCGCAGCUCCGCUUUUUGAAAUCUAUGAUAAUGUAAAUGAAUAUGGAGCUAUUAUUGCAAAUUUGCCGCAUGUUCUUGGCCGGUUUAGAAAAGCAGAAAUGAUAGCGACUGAAAAGGCUCAGCAUGCAGCAACAGGGAAACGAGGUCUAAUUUUAUCCAGAUCUACAUUUGUUUCCUCGGGUCAUUACGGUGGCCACUGGCUCGGUGACAAUAGUGCUCGUUGGAUUGAUUUGAGAGCUUCCAUUAUUGGCAUCCAAGAAUUUAAUUUGUUUGGUAUGCCAUACAUUGGAGCGGAUAUCUGCGGUUUCAAUGGAGAAACAACCGAGGAAUUGUGUUUACGAUGGCAACAACUCGGUGCAUUUUAUCCUUUCUCAAGGAAUCACAACGAAAAAGGUGUAACAAGCCAGGAUCCAUCUCGAUGGCCAGAUGUUGCAAGAGCCACUCGAAAUGCUAAUCUUUUCCGAUAUUACUACCUUCCAUAUCUCUAUAGCUUAUUGUUCGAUGUCUCAUUAUAUGGCGGCACUGUUAUUCGACCAGUUUUUUUUGAAUUCACUUCUGACUCAGAAACUCAUGAUCUCGGGGAACAAUUUAUGUGGGGAAAUGCAAUGAUGAUUAUUCCUGUAUAUCAACCAGGCGCUACGUCUGUGUCUGGUUAUUUGCCCUCGGCAAUAUGGUAUUCUCUUCGAGAUUCUGAUUAUGGCACACUGAUAAAAUCAGGCCACAAUGAAUUCAGGGCACCGAGGGAUGAACUUAUCCCUGUUUUUGUUAAAGGUGUGACUUAUCAGAAAUUUUGA